AUGGCGGAGACAUUACGGCAACAACAACUACAGCAGCAGUCACAACCACAACCACCACCGCCACUGGUACCUCCGCCCGUGGUGCAAGAUUAUCAUGCUGAGGACCGAACUAUCACGCUUACAAAGGAAUUCAAGAAGAUGAAGCCACCAACCUUUAAAGGGGGAAUUGAUCCGAUGAAAGUUGAAGCCUGGGUGUUAGGUGUAGAGAAGCUAUUUGAGGUGUUUCCAUGCACUGAAGCUCUGAAGGUACAACUGGCUACUUUCACUCUGGAAGACGAAGCUCGUAGGUGGUGGAUGCUUACAAGAACUGAACACCAAGAGUUGACCUGGACCCAAUUUCUAGAACUCUUCAAUGACAAGUAUUUUUCGCAGUGUAUGCGAGAUAAAAGGGUGACUGAAUUUGAGACUCUCAGACAAGGGAACAAGACUGUUACGGAGUAUGAAGCCCAAUUUGCAGAACUAGCCCGGUUUGCACCUCACAUAGUGGAUACGGAUUACAAGAAGGCGAGAAAGUUCGAGGGGGGACUACGAAAUGCUAUCCUUGAUCGAAUCAAUGUGUUGAAGCUACCCACAUAUGUUGAGGUGUUAGAGAAAACUGUCAUGGCGGAGGGAAAUAUUGCUGCUCAGAAUCGAAUUUCCGAGUGGAAAGGAAAGAGGCAGAAUAUUCAGUUAUCAAAGGGCUCAACCACUCCAAACAAGAAACAGAACUCAGGAACUUCUAGUGCUUCCACCCCUACUCGAGACUCCGCUCCCGUUUGUGCAGAUUGUGGAAAGAAGCAUCAGGGAACUUGUCAUCGGUUAAUUGGGGCAUGUUUUAGGUGUGGUAAAACGGGUCAUCUGGUUAAGGAUUGUCCUCAAAGAGAUCAGUGA